AUGACCGACUCCCCGACCGACACCAAGAUACGGGGGGAUGAGGCGGGCAGCACAGACGAGAAGGUCGGGGCGGCCAACGUAGAGGACACCAGGCCACAGAGAAUGCAACCUCCUGAGUUCAUCAGGAACCUGUCCCCCGAGAAAAGGCAAGAACUAGAAAAGAAGCUAAAGAGGAAGAUCGAUAUCCGACUCUUGCCGGCGAUCAUCAUCAUGUACAUCAUGAACUACAUUGAUCGCGAGCGAUGGUCUAAUCAAGCCGUAACUCCCAGUCCCGGUUGUCUGUACUACCUCUCGUGCUGGUACACCCGCAAAGAACUUGGCUUCCGUACUGCCGUCUUGUACUCGGGGGCUCUCAUCUCCGGCGCUUUCUCCGGCCUCAUCUCGGCAGGUGUGACAUGGGGCAUGGAUGGGACUCGCGGGCUGGGGGCAUGGCAAUGGCUGUUCAUCAUCGAGGGUGCCGCCACUGUUGUUGUGGCGUUCGCUUGCUACUUUGUGCUGCCCAACUUUCCGCGGACCACAACGUGGCUGACGGAUGAGGAGAGGACGUUAGCCAUUUGGCGUCUCCAGGAGGAUAUCGGCGAGGACGACUGGGUCAACAGCGAGGAGCAGACCUUCUGGGAGGGCGCGAAGCUAAUGUUCAUCGACCCCAAGACCUACAUUCUGCUGGUCCUGCUCUUCUGCAUCGUCGCCAGCGGUACUGUCACCAACUUCUUCCCGACAGUCGUCAACACGAUUCAAGUGGGCGCGCUCGAAAAUGAGAGCAGCAACGCGAAGGUCAUCUCGCUGCUCCUGACCGCCCCGCCCUACGUGCUUGGUGUCAUCGUCACCUACCUCAACGCCACCCACGCCGACAAGACGGGCGAGCGGUACUGGCACAUCACGAUUCCCAUGUGGGUCGCCGUGAUCGCCUACAUCAUCGCCGCCACCACAACACACAUUGCCCCGCGGUAUCUGAGUAUGAUGCUCAUGGCUCUCGCGUGGAUCAGCAACACGAUGCCGCGGCCGCCGGCGAAGCGGGCCGCGGCGUUGGCCUUCAUCAACGCCGUCAGCAACUGCAGCAGCAUCUACGCGUCGUACCUGUACCCCAAGAGCGCCGACCCGCACUACACGGUCGCCAUGAUUGUCAACUGCGUGACCGCCUUCAUCGCCGUGUGCGCAGCCACCGUCAUGCGCGCCGUCCUCGUGCGGCUGAACAGGAAGUUGGAGGCUGGGGUGUGGGUGGAGGGGGCGAUUAAUGCUGUCCCUGGGGAGGGGGCCGUGAAUGGGUUUAGGUUUAAAAUCUAA